AUGGCAUUAUCUCCGUCGGGCAUCUCCCACAAGUCGUGGAUGCAGGUCUCAGCCUUCGUGGUCGGGUCCUUCGGCCCUGUCGCCACCUUGGCGACCAUGGAGCCCUACUCCGCGCCUGCCCGUUUCACCCUGGACCUCCUGGCAUGGAAGUUUGGCACCAUGAGCUUCAGAGACCCGACGACGCGCUUCUUGUCCGCACUCACCGGCGGAUUUCUCUUCGGUUGGGGCAUGACCCUUCACUUCCUCGCAAGCAAGGUCUACGACAAGGCGCCCGAAGAGACACGACAGGCGGUGGUCGGUGGCCUGUGCUGCUGGUUCUGCCUCGACAGCACUGGGUCCGUAGCCUCGGGCAAUCCAGUGAACGUGCUCUUCAAUAUCGGCGUCCUGCUUCUGAGUGUGGGACCAAUGUGGUGGCCGGAGCAGCGCGAGAAGAAGCAGUGA